AAAUGACGUCAUAACUCUGCUGCGAAAAUUAGCCAGAGUAGCCAGGAGUAGCAACUCUUCUCUACUCUGCUCUGAAGAAGGGUAGCCGUCGUUCUGACGUCACACACAAGAUAGCAGACGACGAUACGUCGUCUGCUACCAACCGUCCUGUUGACAGACAAUUUCGGUGGUGUUCAAUUUGGAAGUGCAGGACUGGUUAAAAACUGUCGAAUAUUUUCAAAAUCUGCUAGAGUGCACGCAUGCGCGGUAAGUUGUGAAACAGGCGGUAUGCCACCACUUCCACAUCGUCUCGCCCGUCAGGCCAGUCCGCCAUUUUCAGCGCAGAGUAACUCUAGCCGUUCGAAAAUUACGGUCAAAGGUGGCUACUCUGGAGUCACGUGAUGAUAAAGUCUCUGACGUCGUUACCCAACUCCUGGCUACCCUGGUGGAAUAAGAAAACGCGCACACUGUUAAACGGUGUUACGAAGAAGAAGUGGUAUAAUAUCACGUGAGUCCUUACGACAGAUCAUUCCACGAGCCAACUAAUCUUGCAGAAGAUCCCCUGCGCGACGAUUACGUUCUCCAGACUGCGCUACGCGCCUCAUCAGCAUGAUGCGAUUUAAAACGGCUGCUUUGAAAGAAUGCAUUUCGGACAUCACCUUGGUUGUUUGGAAGUACAUCUUUAUCGAUCGUGCCCGGCGCCACUGGUUCCUGGCUAUUCUGGAGCUCAGCUUCAUGGUCGUCAUGUUCUACGGUGUGUGGGAAGAAUCACCUUCGACCUUUUACAAGACACCAGGGAGCGCGGAAGUGGACUUGAAACCCUGGGAUCCGCUAGACGCCUUCCCCAACGAUUCUCGUGCCAUCUUUGCAUAUGGUCCAAGCAAUAGCUUCGCCCAGACACUGGGACAUAGAGUCGCCGAAAUACUUCACAUCCCUGAGCGGUUCAGUCUCGACACCGAGGAUGACCUCAGAGAUUUCAUUGAAGAUGGGCCGGCAUCCGAAGGGCAACUCUUAAUUGCGGUCUACUUCGACAUGACUCCCGCAUUAAAGAACUUUACGUACACUGUCAUGGUGCAGAACGCGAAAUUCUCGCUCAGCCUCAUGGAAGACAUCAGUCUUGCACGUACUCCAGGCCUGAAGAAUGUGACAGAUAUGAACGAGAUAAAGAUACUACUUCCCAUUGAAUCAGCUAUAGAGAAGACUUGUACGUCCAUGGUCGCCGAACAGAAACGCAUAACUUUGCCCAACAUAACUGUUCGCAUGCAGCAGUUCCCGUAUUACAUUGAUAACCGUAUAGAGGACAACGUGGACAGUAAAGUCUCGACGCUGUCCUUGCGAUGGCUGGUAGGAUUCACGCUGCCCUUCUGCGCUCUCAUCAUCGCCGUCACUAAUGAGGCUCAGACGGGCCUCAAGGACUUGAUGUGGCUCAACGGGUUGUGGAAGUCAGUCUACUGGCUGGGUCAUUUCCUCAACGCUCUUUUCAUGGUGUUGCCCGCGAUCAUGCUUAUUUUGGUUGCACUGUUCGUGGUACCCAACCACGAGGGCUUUACCUACUACACGUAUAGUGACGUCACGCUCGUCUUUGCCUUCCUAUUCCUCUUCAGUGUCGUCUCGCUUCUGCAUGCCAUGGUGCUCUCGGUCUUCUUUAGCCCCGCCUGGGCCAUCGCAGCCGCCGUUGUCUACUGGAUCUUCACCGCCAUGUUUCCCUUCAUUGUUUCGAAUCAGUUGACCAGGAUCGACUCCAUGCACGUCUCCCGCAAUGUCAAAUUAUUUACUUCGAUAUUCCCUUUCAUGUCGCUCCACUGGUGCUUCAAGAACGUGGAGAGAUACGAAGUGUAUCGCAUCGGCGCGAAGUGGACCAACUUUUACAAUAGGAUGAUCGUACGCGAAGACAUAAGCAUUGCGGAAGUGAUGCUCCUAGGAAUUAUCUCAGUCUGUGUUCAAGUGAUCGUGUUAUGGCGCCUUGAGACGCCGAAGACAUACUCUGUCGCCACGAGGUUCGACAACUUUGAAACAGCCGAUGACGCUGCCGAUGAGCUUCCGUUAAUUGACCCGGAUGCUCGUCCCUUGCCGUCCGUCGUAGAACUGCAGAAUGUCACUAAGAUGACAGGUCAUUGUCACGAGCUGAAUAACUUAAGCGUGACAACCUACGACAAAGAAAUCACCGUCUUCUUGGGUGCGGCAGACAGUGGGCACAACGCUGUACUUGAUAUCAUGGUCGGGAAGCGGAGGCCUGACGAAGGACAGGUACUGGUCUGCAGCAUUAGUGUCAUCUCCAGCCUCGAGAUGGUUCAGAAGUUGGUCAGCUUUUGUCCGAAGUACAGCGUUUCCUUUUCUGACCUCACAUUUCAAGAAAAUCUGCAGUUCUUUGCUCUGUUGCGACUGAGCUACCCCAAAGCUCGUACAGCAGUUGCGAGACUCAUCAGCGAUAUGAACUUGGAACCUAUCAAAAACGUGGUCGUCAGCACACUGAAUGACAGCAAGCUGAGGCUGCUGAAUGUGGCUAUUGCUAUGGUCGUCGCUUCUGAGGUGCGUGUCAUAAUACUGCAAGAGCCGACAUGGAACAUGGACCUCGAGACUCGCCAAGAUGUCUGGGAAAUGUUGCUGGCGCUAAGUCGUAAGAUGAGCAUCGUGAUGGCGACACAAGACGCGGAGGAGGCCAACAUCCUGGGCCAUCGCAUCGUCAUCAUGCGUAAGGGCACCAUCGUAUGUUGCGGAUCUCUGGCCUGGAUUCGUGAAAAGUUUGGCACUGGAUACGUCUUGCACAUCACUAAGGGUGCCAAGUAUAGUCAACGCUCGAUCGAAAAAUGCAUCAGGAAGCACAUGGGUGUCGUAUCGAUGUGCAUAAACGAUGACGCAACCGCUGUCUACAUUCUCGGUCUUGUGCCUGUGCCCCAUAGAAUAAUAGCCCUUCUGGAAGAACUGGAGGACAGGACUGCAGCUAUUGCAUCCCUUAGUGUCAGUGUAACCUCUCUCGAGGACAUUUUCGUCAGAAUCGCUUCGGGUAGCAAAAUCCAAAAGCCAGAAACAGUCGACAUUGAAUCACCCGGAACACCAGAAGCCAUUCCAACCCCUUUAGAACGAUCUCUAGUGCUGGGCAAAGAGGAGCCCCACGCGAAGUUUGCAGCGUCACUUGCUGGAAAAUGGAAGGUGGAACAGAUAUUCAAUGUUCAGAUGGGCUAUGCUACUUUCUUCGCCGUUGUUCAAUGCCUCCUUCACAAGCGCUUCCUAGGCUGGCGUAUGCGUAAAACUGCACACCUAUAUCGCUACUUCUUCCCAGUCCUACUAGUUUUCCUCUCAAAGCUACUCGAGUAUCUCCUGAUACGAUCGACGCCUGAAGUCCCCCGAAGUAGUCUUUCUUACAACUCGAGCGCGUUGCUUCGAAAUAGUCACGGCUUUAUUCACCACGCCGUAUCCAAUGAGACCAGCUUCAUUCAUGACCACUUGGAGCCACUUAUGAGACUCGAUGGCAUACACACCUUAUGGAUUUCGGACAAUAGCUCUCUAGAAGACAUAAUUUCCUUCAAUCAAAGCACUACGGGGCCGUACUUCAAUCCGUACCAGUUCGGCGUUUCAGUAUCGGAUAAUUUGGUGACGCUGUGGUACAGUGGCAAGGGUACGGCGAGAACGGCCCUAAUCAUCACCGAUCUAUACUACUCGUCUCUGUUGAGAGUUGCGACCGGAAGAAAGGAAGCGCGCUUCCAGUUCGUCCACAAGCUGGAUGAAGACCAGAUCAAGCAACAAGUGACAGAAAUCAAGUUUGGCCGCGCCUUCAGGACCCGCCUUCUGUCGGAGCAGUUGUUCAUGUCCUUCUAUAUUCCUAUGUCCGCCUGUUUUCAUUCGGCGAGCUUCGUCUUCAUCCCAUUGGAUGAACGCGUCAGCAAAGCCAAACUCCUCCAGCUCAUGACCGGAGUGUCCGGACUGACGUACUGGCUGACCAAUUUGAUGUUCGAUGCCGUUUUGGAGAUUCCCACUGCCAUCAUAUUCGCGACGGUAGUCUGCUUUGACCUGGUGUACGUCAGCCUUUCUGAAGUUGGAGUCACCGUGUUGCUGUUUUUCUUCUAUGCGCUCUCAUCUACCUCGAUGGCGUACUUGUUUACAUUUCUAUUCGACAAUCCUGCAUCAUGCUUCAUCACUGUUGCCCUGAUUUUAUUUGCUUCAGGCGUCUCUGGAACCCACUGUGUGUACGCCCAGAGCCUGGUGGCCGGUUGGGUGCCGGACCUACUCCUAUUCGUCGGCGGUUAUUUCGGUCGCUUAUUCCCGUCAUACCACUUGACCUGGGGCGCCAUGAAGGCGACAUCCAUGCGGAGUGGUAUGCUGGUCUGUGCACAAGGCGGAGAUGUCCUUGACCAGUGCUGCACCGUUCCGGCGAUAACCUUUUGGAUACCUGUGCUUGGCGAGUGCUGCACCAGCAAAGCGCUUCCGAGGGUCGCCAUUCUUUCCCUUUAUUACCUGGGAAGCGGCAGUCAUCUCUUGUUCCUAUUUCUCCAGACCUUAUUGUUCAUCGUGGUCCUAGCAAUGCUGGACUCGUCGCUGCGCCAGAGCGUCGCUAGCCACUGGGGCCAUGCACGGCCUCUGAAGUAUCAGCCUGAGCUACAGAAGUCUGUUCUAAAACAGAACGUAGAACGUGAAGCCGCGUUGGCCAAAUACAUUGUUCGCACACACGAACGGCUGGAAUGGGCGCUGGUGGCCGUUGACCUCGUGCAAUGGCAUCCUUUUGCGCCAUGUACUGCCGUUCAGGACGUUUCUCUCGCUGUCAGGCAAAACGAAUGCAUCGGCAUUCUGGGGGUCCCCUGCACGUCCGGGAAGAACUCCCUACUGAGUGUGCUUGCCGGCGAGUCGCAACUUGUGAGCGGGGAGGCGUACAUGCCCAACCUGUCACUCCUGAAUAACCUCACGGCGUGGCAGACGCGAGUGGGUUACUGCCCGCAGGAAGGAGGCCUUCUGCCAUUUUUGACGGCGCAUGAUACGGUUGUGAUGUUUGCGAGACUUCGAGGGAUCCCCGUGAGCGAGGCAGUGGACGUUGCCAAGCUGCUCUUUGGUCUGCUUGACUUGGGAAAUCCGAAACAACCAUGUGGUUCUUUCAGCUCCAGUGACCGGAGGAAAGUAUCCUUGGUGAUCGCUAUCUUGGGUUCUCCUUCAGUCCUCCUACUGGACGACCCAUGCCACGGCAUCGACCCUAUUGGACGCACACGGAUACGACGGUUGCUGAAGUCUAUACAUGAGUGUGACAAGAUGCCCAUCAUUAUAGCUAUGAAAUGGGCAGAACCUGACGCAACAUUUCUGGACCGUGUGGCCGUCAUGGAGUCUGGAAAGAUAGAGGCGAUCGCGUCUAUUCAGGAACUUUCAACCAACUUCGGGCGUGGCGUUAGCAUUACGGUGCAAGUGCCUCCUCGGAGCGCAGAGUAUCAAGUCCUCCAGCGUGAAAUCACCGAGGCUAUGAGGAGAACCUUUCGUACCUGCGAGUUGUACUCCUGUCAUCAGGGCCUUCUCACUUACCACGUGCGGAAGGUAUCUGACAAAUGGAACGUGGUGUUCAAGAAGAUGAUCGCACUGAAGAGCAAGUUCCACUUGCAGGAUUUCUACGUGAGCGACAUGACGCUGCAAAACGCCUUCUCUCAGCUCACCACGAGACACCUGUAUGGCACCGGCAGAACAGGAGCGACCUAUAGCCCCUCCAUCCGCCGUGCGAGCGCGGCAGAUAUUUAAAUACCUACUGAAUAUAUUUAUACUCUUCAUGCAA